AGGCACUCCGGCUUGCCAUUUCCUUCCCAUCUCUUGCCGGCCCGGGCACGGUCAGACGGUCACCAUCCGCCCGUGCGGUGGCUCGGCGCUUCCCGCGCCCGCAUCGAAGCCACCCACACCAUCCACGCGUCCCUCUCCGGCUCUCCCUCUCAUAUACCGCCCCUUGCCUCCGCUUCGCCCGCCCGCCCGUUGCCGUAGCUUCCGUCCGGAACCGCCGCGGCCGGCACGCACCCACCCGCUGGCCUGACCCGCUCCGGCGCAUGCGGCGAGACGCCGUCGCCGCCGCGCCCACGGCGGCCGGCGCCUCGCCGCCGAUCCCUGCCACCGUCCUCCCGACGGAUGCUGUUGUCAUCGAUGUCGAGGGAGAGCCGCUUCCGGCGGAGGCCCCCGGGCUGGGGUGCCGGAUCUGCCACCUCGGCCCUGAGGACGAUGAGUCAGCGGUGCCAGGUUCCGAGGUGAUGCUGCUAGGCUGCGGCUGCAAGGACGAGCUCGGCGCCGCGCACCAGCAAUGCGCCGAGGCGUGGUUUAGGAUCAAGGGCGAUAGGCGCUGUGAAAUAUGUGGUUCAGAUGCCAAAAACAUCACCGGGUUGGAAGUGAAAAAAUUCAUGGAGCAGUGGCAUGGCCGAAGAGUGGCACACGCACAAACUACUGAGGAGAGGGAAAGCCAUUGUUGGAGACAGCAGCCCUUCUGUAAUUUCUUGUUAGCAAGUUUACUGAUUGUUUUCAUGCUGCCCUGGUUUCUCCGUGUAAAUUUAUUCUGAUUCUGCUGCCACUAUUGGGCCAUGUAGAUUCACAGCUUGUUAACUUGGUUACCCUCCUAAGGAUGGAAUGCGUAGAUAAUUGUUGGCACAACCACAACACAGCUCCUCAAAUAUAUAUUUUUGAAGAAGUUCCCUUUUGAUAUACUUAUGCUUAAUCUCCUGGAUGCUUAUAACCAACUCAAAGACUACUUUGACUUGAACACUUGACGACAGGAACUCAAACUGGAAAGUGCAGGGUCGAUGGCUGCUUGGUAGAAGAACAAUUCCAGAAGUAUGGGGCACCCAGUUUGACGGUCUGGCAUCUCAGCCAUUUGGGAUUCAGAAAUCUUUACUAUUAAUUAUAUUGCUGUGAUCCUUUUGUCAAUCAGCUUCUUUGCCGGUUAACUAUUUUGUUCUGUGUAUACGAGGAUAUAAGCUUAAAUCCGAUGAGAUGCAUGAGUUCAGA